UAUUAAAGACUCGGAUUUGAAAACCGGGUUAUGAUACAUCACUUGUGGUAACCCUAUAUUCCCAAAUCAAAGUUGCUCAAAUCGUGAUUCUUCAUCAAGGAGAGUUCUACACAUCUUGUUAUCAAUGUUGAGGUAGUUGAAGACAAAUUGUUCAACCGGUUUGAUUUAAGAGAAUGCAGAAUAUAAAAGAGGAAGAGGUGAAUCGUUGCCAGAUUCAGGAAUGGUACCCAAUUUUCAAAUCUGUAUCCAUCAAGACCUUAAUUCAUCAACUUCCUGAAUCUUUCAUUCAGUACCUUCUUGACGACUUGGGACCCUUCCUAUUGCCUGUUUCUGUUUUAAACGAAGAUGCAUUGCCGAAUAGAAUUCAUAAUCCUAUUGAUGAAGAAGACUUUCAGGUGUCAGAGGGAUCUGAAGAUGAAGCAGAAGAAUCUUCUCCACCCCCUUCUUUUCCAGAACUCGAGUUGCAAGUUAAGGAAUCCGUUGAGUCACUUGGUGGUGCAGUCUUUCCCAAAUUGAAUUGGAGCUCCCCAAAAGAUUCAGCUUGGAUAAGUACUUCUGGCUCUCUUCGCUGCACUACUUUCAGUGAGAUUGCACUUCUGUUCCGAUCAUCCGACUCAUUAGUCCACGACUUGUGUCAUGCUUAUGAUUCCUGCGAUGAUAAAUCUUCAUCUAGACCUCAUAAUUUCUUCCUUGCUCUGCGUAAAUGGUAUCCGUCCCUUAAGCCAGAGAUGGAGUUUCGGUGUUUUGUGCGGAAUCAGAAAUUAGUUGGAAUCUCUCAGCGAGAGGUCACUACUUUUUAUCCCAUUCUUCUUGAAAAGAAGAAUGGUCUCCUGUUACAGAUACAAGGAUUUAUCAACAAUCAUGUGAGAAAUAAAUUUGAAUCAGAAAACUAUGUGUUUGAUGUUUACAUUACAAACGAUGAGAGAGUUAAGAUUGUGGAUUUCAACACCUGGGGUGGCUUUACGUUGUCUUUGUUGUUUACAUGGGAAGAAUUAGAGCAUAUUCACAGUGAAGGAGAUGAUAGUGUGGAGUUUAGAAUUGUCGAAGAUUAUUGUGGCGUUAGGCCGGGCCUUAAAACAGCAGUUCCACAUGAUUACUUGGAUACAAGUCAAGGAAGUGGUUGGGAUCAGUUUCUAAGGAAUACUGCUGACGAAGAGUUAAGACAACAAUCUACUGAAGCUGGUGCAUGAUAAUAAAUUCUUGUUCGAGAUAGCAAAUAGAAUAGUAUGUUCGCUAUUUUUAUAUUGUUUACUGAGAUUUUAAACAAAGGGGGGAAUAAAGCUUGUGUUUGAAACAGUUCUACCCUAUUGAGGAUGUUUUUGUAUUCUCACAUAAAUUACUACUCACCUCAGUCUAAUAUUUGGCAUUGCUUCAUGCCUUCAGUGUUAUUUCUUCCCUCAUGUUUUAGUGAAGGUUUUUUUACAACAUUUAA